AUGUGAACGAAGACGCAGUGUUGUGUUCUAGAGUCCAGCGAAAACACGAAGGACGAGACGCGCGAGCAUGGCGGACGAGGAAUUUGAUGGAGAUGAUGUUGGUGACGAUUUUGAAGAGGCAGAAGAGGAUGAGAACCUCGAUGACUUGCAAGAAGGAGAGGAGGAUGAAAAUCAAAUGGAAAUUCUUGCUGCUGGGGAAGGCAAUCAGGUCCCCACACAGAAGCGAAUCACAACUCCAUAUAUGACAAAAUAUGAAAGAGCGAGAGUGUUAGGGACGAGAGCAUUACAAAUAGCCAUGUGUGCACCAGUGAUGGUAGAAAUAGAAGCUGAAUCAGACCCGCUACAGAUUGCUGCCAAGGAAUUAAGAGAGAGAAAAAUUCCCAUCAUCAUCAGACGAUACUUACCUGAUGGUUCUUAUGAAGAUUGGGGUAUUGAUGAACUGAUUAUAAGUGAUUUCUAAAGUAAAUCUGUCAUGUUAUUUACAUUCAGCUGCAGAAUCUUUUGUGGAUAAAAUAUUCUUUCAUAUCUCCUAGAAUCACUUUGGUUUUCCUUCACAUGAAUUACAUUUUCUUCUGUAUUUUUUGUUAUUAGAUACUUUGUACACAGAUGUGCACAUCACAAUAAAUGUUUCUUUUUUAUAUAAAACCUGUUUAAAAAAUACAGAAUAAGUAUGA